AUGGCGCUCUACCGCUGCGGCUUGCUCCGGUACCUUAACCUCUCCCAAAACUUAAUCGUUGGGGAGCUCCCGGAAGACAUCGGCCGUGGCCUAGGGGCGAACCUGAGGACGCUGGACCUCCGCUACAACGGAUUCUACGGCACCAUCCCUGCAUCUCAAUCCAUCCUGAUACACGUGGAUUGA